AUGGAGAAAUUGGUCUUAGCAUUGGUACAUGCCUCCAGGCAACUGCGCCGAUACUUUGCAGGUCAUGUUAUCACUGUCCUAACCAAUUACAGGAUCGGGCAAAUUCUCUCCAAGCCCGAAAUCUCUGGAAGACUUGCCAAGUGGGCUAUUGAACUUGGUGGACACAACCUAGUUUACAAGCCACGCCCGACAAUCAAGGGGCAAGUUUUAGCUGACUUGGCCACGGAAAUACCGGCGAACCGCAUCAAAGAAUGCAAGGAAGAACAAAACCCUACACCUCUACCGUCCCCAUCAGACAUCUGGGCACUAUACACUGAUAGUACGUCCAAUGAUGACGGGGUGGGUGCAGGUCUUCGGCUCAUCAGCCCUGACAGCCAAGAGCUCACUUACGCCAUGCGCCUUGACUUCAAAAGUAUAAACAACGAGGCUGAAUACGAGGCAUUGCUCGCAGGACUAUGGUUGGCAGUCAAACUCGGCGUGCAACACCUGGAAGCGUACGUCGAUUCGUUACUAGUUGCGGGGCAGGUAAACAGAGACUACGCUACGAAAGGGGACAUCAUGAUCCUCUAUCUCGAACAAGCCAAGCAACUAACAUCACAAUUCACCUCCUUCAACAUUGUACAUAUCAACAGGAGUGAAAAAAAACCGGCUGAUGCACUUUCUAAAUUGGCAUCAACCAGCUUCCAACACCUGGCGAAGGAUAUACGUAUUGAAGUCCUCAAAAACCUUUCAGUACCCUUGCGCCAGGUCAACGUCAUCCAAUAUGGCGCGACAUCUUGGAUGACACCAAUUAUAAGAUACCUGCAAUCAGGCAUCGCACCAGAAAACAAAGCGGAAGCACGCAAACUGCAAUAUGAAGCAUGCCACUAUCAAAUGGGGGACGAUAUCUUAUACCGAAAGUCAUACCUAGGGCCACUCCUGCGUUGCGUCGACCCUCAAGAUGCCACAUAUUUAGUGCGAGAAAUACACGAAGGCAUGUGUGCCAUACAUGCAGGACCAUGCAUGGUUGUGGCUAAAAUCAUGAACGCUGGGUAUUAUUGGCCCGACAUGCACCCGGAUGCUGUUAAGAUCUUGUGCAAGUGCUUUAACUGUAACAACUGCCACUAA